AUGGCUCUAAGUUUUCAUAGAAAUACUGGAACUUUAAUAACUCUUUCAAAUGGAAAUAUGACAGCAAGUAGAAAUAAUCCUUACCAAGAAUUUAAUAAUGGCUUGGUAAUGAGCAAUCAACCUCUUUUAAGUGACCAAUUAUUUGAGGUUAGGAUUGAUAAAAAGGUACCGACUUGGAGUGGAUCUAUAGAAAUAGGUGUUACAAAUUUAGAUCCUGCUGUCCUAGAUUUUCCUUCUAGUGCAACAAAUUUGAGGGAAGGCUCAUGGGUUAUGUCCGGAAGCUCCAUUUUGGAAGAUGGAAAAUCUCACCUUGAAGAUUAUGGGCUCGACCUUGAUGAACUAGACGAAGGCGAUACCGUUGGAGUGAAACGAACUUCCACGGGAGACUUGCAUUUCUUCAUAAAUGGUUCGGACCAAGGAAUAUCGGCUCGGAAAGUAACUGGCACAAUUUAUGCUGUUGUUGACUUGUAUGGAAAAUGUGCCCAAGUGUCCAUAGUUAACCAUGAUGCAAAAAGAACUGAAUUUGUCCGCAUUGAAGAUCGGCUGAAAUUUCAUGAACAUUGUGGGAGUAUGGUAAAACUAACAAAUGGAAAUUGCACAGCAGAAAGAAGGAAACCGGCUGAUGAAUUCAACAAUGGCGUUGUAAUGACUCACAGACCUCUUUUGGAUGAUGAGUUAUUUGAGAUCAGAAUUGAUGAACUUGUGAAUAAGUGGUCUGGCUCUAUUGAAAUGGGAAUAACUACUCAUAGUCCAGAUACUUUAGAUUUUCCAGCUACUAUGACAAAUAUGAGAUCUGGAACCAUAAUGAUGAGUGGCUGUGGAAUUUUAACAAAUGGUAAAGGCAGUCGAAGAGAGUAUGGUGAAUACAAUUUAGAUGAGCUUCAUGAAGGUGAUAGAAUUGGUUUAGUGCGAAAAAGCAACAAAAAUUUGCAUUAUUAUAUUAAUGGUUUAGAUCAAGGAAUAGCUUCAGAAAAUGUUCCUGAAACCAUUUACGGUGUUGUAGAUUUAUACGGAAUGACUGUGAAAGUUAGCAUUACUGAACAUUAUAAACCUACACCUAAUGAAAUUGAUCUUGAAAUAAACUCUUCAGCAUCAGAAGUACGUUACACAGCAGCUACCAGAGUGAUGUAUGAUGAUUUACUUUUUCAUGAGCGUUGCGGCAUACAUGUAGCUGUAGUUAAUGAAGGUCGAACGGCUCUAAGACCGAAUUGCUUAGAUGAUUUCAACAAUGCUGUAGUUUUAACAAGUCGACCAUUACAUCCUGGAGAAUUAUUUGAAGUUAUUUUGGAACAAAUUGUAAUUAAAUGGGCUGGAACAAUUGAAAUUGGUGUCACAACACAUUCUCCUCAGGAAUUGGAGUUUCCCUCGACCAUGACUAAUGUAAGGUCUGGAACUUGGAUGAUGACUGGUAAUGGCAUUAUGUAUAAUGGCACAACUGUUGUUGAUGACUAUGGCUGCAAUUUAGAUAAAUUUAAAGCAGGUGAUAGAAUUGGUGUUGUUGUUUAUGAAGAUGGCAAGCUUCAUUUUUUCGUGAAUGGUAUUGAUCAAGGACUUGCUGUUAGCCAUGUUCCAAAUGGAGUGUAUGGUGUAAUUGAUUUGUAUGGACAAGCAGCUAAAGCAACAAUUGUUAGUGCUUCAGACUCGCCUGUUUAUUAUAAAGAUGCUAUCCCCUCAAUUCCUUCAAAUUGCAUUGAUGACUGUCAGUUGGGUCAAGUCUCUGUUGCUGAUCAGAAGAGUCCUUGUGUCACAAAAAUAGAAGCAAACUGCUCCAAUGACAACGUUAAAUCCCUUUCCACAACAUAUGACCCACAUUUAUUGUACUAUGACGAUGGAGAUGAAAGUGUAGAGGAGUAUACUAAUGAUGAAUUGCCUGAAUCUCACUGUUACUUUCAUCCAAUUCAUGGAAAAAAUAUAUCCCUGGAUAUCAUUGGAGUUUUUGCUGUUAGAAAUAAUGAACUUAUUGAAGAAAAUACAUACCACAAUUACAAUCAUGGCUUAGUUUUCAGUGCUAAAAGUAUAGAAAGAGAUGAAUUUUAUGAAAUACAGAUUUGUACUACUACUAAUAAAUGGAUUGGUGCGUUGAGAUUUGGAGUUACGACUUACGAACCUAAAAUCCAAGAUGAACUCCCAAUUUCUGCUGUGGAGUUGGAAGAUUGUGAUACUUGGUUGUUAUUUGACACGCAUGUUCUUAAAAAUAGAAAACUGUUGCGCAGAAAUUAUGCUUUUGACUAUCGGUUUCUUUCAAUUGGAGAUAAAGUUGGUGUAAAAAUUUUCAACGAUAACAGCUUGCAUUUCUUUCUCAAUGGAGUUGAUCUAGGACUAGCUGAUUUAAAUAUGCCGAAGUUUCAGGUCCAAAUUAAUAAUCUUCAGUCUGAAUGGACUGGUUCUAUUCGAAUUGGAGUGACAACUGAAACCCCAGAUUCAAUUUCCUUUCCUGUUUCUGUUCUUUCAGUACAGCGUGGCACGUGGAUAAUUUCUCGUGAUUCUGUAUUCUGCAAUGGAAUCCAAGUUAAGACAAAAUAUGGACCAAAUCUCGAUGCAUUAAGGAAUGGACAUUUGGUUGGAGUCAAAGUUCACCAGGAUAGAAGUUUGCAUUUAUACAUUAAUGGAAUAGAUCAAGGUAUAGCUGCUGAAGAAGUACCACAUCCUGUGUAUGCUGUUGUUGACAUUUAUGGUCAGUGUAAACAGGUUUCCUUAAUUAGUGAUAGAUCGGUCUCUGACGUCGAGUUUGAAAAAGAUGAUAAAGAAAAGGAGGACUUACAAUGUGAUAGUGAAAAAGGUGAUAAGUCUAUUUUCUCUUCUCAAGUUUUGCUGCAAAACUGUGAUCAUCAGCGAAUAUGCUCAAAAAUCAAAACAGUAUUGGGUUUAUUCGAUUCUUAUUUUAUACCUGACACUGUGAUUUGUUUUUGUGAAACUUGUCACAAAUCUCGUGGAGAGGAACCUUAUUUUAAAAAAGGAGAUCCGCCCAAAGAUUACGCCCAGCCAUUUGGAUGGUGCCGUUUCCCGCUCAAGACUCCAUUGAAAGCAGAAAAAAGUGGUAUCUAUGAUAAAUGGCAUAUUGCUUUCCAUGGAACUUCAUUUGGAAAUGUGCGACAAAUUGUAGAGCAUGGGAAACUCUUACCAGCAUCCAUGCUAGGGUUGAAGAUUAUCCAUAAUGUCUCUGGAGAAAGUGAAAAAUCUUCUGAGGAUACUGAUAGUAAUCACACUAUGAUAUCACCAACUAUGAGAUAUGCUGGAUCCUCCAAAUUUUCAACCAUUGAUGAAUUCAGAGAUUAUAAGGCAGACAAACUAUACCAAGCUAAAGCUGCAUUUCAAGUGUACGUUCGUCCAGGAUCAUAUACCAUUCGACCCCCACAGAUCGGCCCUCGGGAGCCCGUAGAUUCCCAUUUCAGCAACAGUGAUUUGGAAUGGUACACAAAGGAAGAUGGAGCAAUUGUUCUUCAUAGUCUUUUGAUAAAGGUUGAUGCUGUGUGAUAUUUUGUGAUCACACGAUGUGGAAAACUAGUCAAUGAAAGAAACGUUUUUUCUUGUGUCUUUAAGUUUGAAAGGCAUUUUACAUUGAAUUAACGUAAUUAUUUAUUGUUUCUGUGAAACACCGAGUGCUGUACUACCUUGCUAAGCACAAAAGUCAUAUCUACACUUUUUGUCAAAAUUGAGUUAUCAUCACCAGGUGUUCAUUUGCUGCAUAUUUUACCCAAGUGCAACGUUUUAUAGUCAUUUGUCGAUGGGAAAUAUUUUUUAUAAAAUUCUGAAAAAGUUUCAUCUGAAUCAAAUACAUGGAGGCACUAAACGGCAAUUUCUCAAUUUGAACUCAACUACAGAUACCACUUUUGCGCUAAGCACAGCAGUGUAAGACCACCUUUAUCUGGGACCAAAGGCCAUCCAGAUCAACUGGUCCUAAAUCCAAAUAAUCUGGUUAAUAAGCAGAACAAACUUUUAGUUAGCACAGGGUUGCCACACCACAGUGAAAUCUGAAAAAGCAGGAAAUUUAAAAUUCCACGAAAAAAACAGGGAAACUGCAGAGAAUUUUGAAAAUUUUCUUAAAAGCCGGGGAAAUGCAGGGAAUUUUGCGAUUUUAAGAAUGGAAGUUGUAAAAAUGAUGCCCAAAUGUAUAAGCUACCAAGAGUAAGUAAAUAAGUAAAUGUUUAAAUUUAAAAAAAAAUGUAUAAAUAAAUGAUUAGAAGAAAAAAAAAAUAAAAAAAAAAUUGUGCUUCAACAUUUUAUUUUCCUGUUUUUGUUUGAGUAAAUAUUAAAAUGUGUAUCAGAAAAUCAAAAAUUAUUAAGGGUUUUGUUUGACAUGCAUCUUGAAUUUUAUGCUCAUUGAAUUUAGAGAGCGAUUAUCAAUAUUUACUGUUCUGCUAACUUUUGCAUUUUUCCCCCCUUCAAGGAUCCAAGUAAUGAGUGGUUAAGAGACGGCUUUUUUUAAAUAAAAAAAUAAAUAUAAAUAUUCAGUCACCAUGCUAUUAUUUCGGUUUUAAUGAAUUCUUCACUUCCUCUUAUUUAAUUUAAUAAUUUAUAUUUUCCCCUCAUAAUGAAACGUCUAGGACAGAGGUUCCCAACCAGUGGUUCACGAACCCCCAGGGGUUCCCGAGGUGCAGGAAGGAGGGUUUGGGAAAACUUCGUUGCAAUGACUGAUCUUUACCUUGUUUGGUAAAAAAUUACAAAAUAUUCAAUUUACACACAUAGUUACUACAUUUUUUAAUAUUGAAAGCGAGCCUGACUCUUGUAUUUAGCUCAAAAAAAUCUUUAAAAAAUCGUUCAGCAGUUUUAUACUCUUGGUUAAAUAAAUUUUCUCAUUUUUCUUUCGAUAGACAACAAAAAGAAAUUUCCUUCCUUCUUUAUUGCGAAGGCGGCAUGAAGUACGUUGUCUAAGCUAUGACGGGGAUAACGACGACCUUGAAAAGGUGCCAUCCCGAGG